CUGCCUGCCUGCCCCUGACUCCCCUGUGGCGUCUUCCCCAGUGCCACUGACCGGUCCUCAGACCCUGUUUCUCUUUCUCACAGUCCUUUCCUAGCUCAGUUUAGUUAGAUUUCCCUGAAGACACCCCUAGCCUCUACGUCUGAGUCCUCCAGGGUUGUUCUCACCACCCAGUCCUCAUUCUGGACCCUGUAAAGCCUCUUGGUCAUGUCUCACAAUGAAGGUUUGGCCUCGGGAAUUCAGAAGCCCUUCUCAGACAGAGAGUCCUUGAGUUGGUCCCACCAGGGACACACAUGUGCACAUACGGGGGGAAGGGCAGGAUCACAGGCCCGAGCCCUCCCUCUGCAGGGCCUCUUCCAGCUGACUCCUGGCCCUCCUCAGAAUCCUCUGUGCCGUGAGAGUUCCAGGAUUCCCAGCCUCAUGACAACACCGAAUGAGCAAGAAGUUCCAGAAUGUGUGUCCCUGGGCCUAGGUGGGAGAGGUCAAGCCAGGGGCUGAUGGGCACGGGGCCUGGGGCUCAGCAGGCUAGACACAGGCCUGGCUUCCAGCCAGCCCACCCAGAGUGGCCCCCAACAUGGGUCUUGAGCUGUACAUGGACCUGCUGUCGGCCCCCUGCCGUGCUGUCUACAUCUUUGCCCGAAAGAAUGGCAUCCCCUUUGACUUCCAGUUUGUGGAUCUGCUGAAAGGUCACCACCACAGCAAGGAGUACAUCGAGAUAAACCCCCUGAGGAAGCUGCCCAGUCUCAAAGAUGGAAAUUUUAUCUUAUCUGAAAGUGUGGCCAUCCUCUCCUACCUGUGCCGCAAGUACAGUGCACCUUCACACUGGUACCCACCAGACCUGCACACGCGUGCCCGUGUGGACGAGUUCAUGGCCUGGCAGCAUACGGCCAUUCAGCAGCCCAUGAGCAAGAUGCUCUGGAUCAAGCUGCUAAUCCCAAUGAUCACGGGUGAGGAGGUGUCAGGUGAGAAGACGGAGCAGGUCUUAGAAGAAGUGAACAACAACCUUCAGCUUUUUGAGGAGAAGUUUCUACAGGACAGGAUGUUCAUCACAGGGGAUCACAUCUCCCUGGCCGACUUGGUGGCCCUGGUGGAGAUGAUGCAGCCCAUGGGGGGCAACCAUAACGUCUUCCUCAACAGCUCCAAGUUGGCCGAGUGGCGAAUGCGAGUGGAGCUGACCAUCGGCUCUGGCCUGUUCUGGGAGGCCCACGACCGGCUGAUGAAGUUGGCAGAGUGGGACUGCUCAACGUUGGAUCCAAGAGUAAAAGAGAGGAUCUGUGAGUUUCUGCAGAAGUUCAAGUGACCCUAGAGGCAGCUCAUCCUGCAGGCGUGGCUGGCUCAGCACUUCUGAGCCUCCCUUCUUAGAGGAGGUGCUGAAAGCAACCUGUUUUUUUUUUGCCUAAUAAAGAGUGACACAACCACCAUGGCUGCUGAACUUAGUUGGUGUAAGCAUAGGGUCCAAUGUGGGAGAGAGUCUGUUGUGGGAGGGCAUGGUGGUUACGGGUCCUCCUAGGUUCCAAAGGAAUUAAAAAAUUAAAGGUUAAAUAUGAUUAAAUUGUCAAUAACAAUAGUUUAAGAUUUUAAUACCCCACCUUCAAUAAUGGAUAAAAUAACCAGACAAAAGAUUAACAAGGAAAUAGAAGACAUGAAUAACACUACAAACCAACAACAAGGAACAGACAGAACUCCAGUAACAACUGAAUAAACAUUUUUCUCCAAUCCACGUGGAACAUUCUCCAGAAUAAACACAUGCCAGGUCACAAAAAAGUUUUACUAAAAGAACUGAAAUAAUACAAAGUAUAGUUUCUGAGCACGAUGAAAUUAGAAAUCAACAAGAGAAAUCGGAAAAUUCUCAAAUAUGUGGAAAUUAAAUAACACACUUCUAAAUAACCAAUGGGUCACAGAAGAGAUUUCAAAAAAAAUUAGAAGAUACUUUGAUGUAAAUGAAAAUGAAAACACAGCAUGACAAAGCUUAAAUAGCAUGCAGCUAAAGCAGGGGGAAAUUUAUAGCUGUAAAUGCCUGUAUUAAAAAGAUCACAAAUCUUCCACCUUAAGCAACUACUAAAAGAAGAGUAAACUAAAUCUAAAACAAGCAGAAGGAAAGAAUAAUAAAUAUUAUGUUGUUGUUUGCUGUCGAGUCUAUUCUGACUCAUACGGACUGAUAGGGCAGAGUAGAGACCCAUACUGUUUC